AUGCUUCGGUAUAGACAUGUCAAUAUUGAUACUAUUUGUCCUGUGUGUUCUUCCAAUAAUGAAACAAUAUUGCAUCGACUGGUGGAGUGUUCUUUUGCUCGGGCUUGUUGGGUCAAUACGGGAAUAGAUGUUGAUUUGGAGUAUGUUGGUACUUUCACAGGUUGGAUUGAGGCUUGCUUUCAAACUUUUGAGGGGGAUCAAAGAAAGAUCAUAGCCAUGACUUGUUGGGCUAUAUGGAAGGCUAGAAAUGAUUGUGUUUGGAAGGAAAAAAGUGCUAGUGUGGCGACUGUCACUGUCUUGGCUUUGAGUAUGUUGGAACAAUGGAGUAAAGUGCAAGACAAAGAUUACGUUCCUACUGCUGCAUUUUUGACAGCAGCCGAUGGUGCACUUUCUUGGCAAAUACCAGCAACAGGGGAGGUCAAAAUUAAUACCGAUGCAGCUCUUUUCUAUGAUCCUAAUAGGUAUAGUUUUGCUUGUGUUGCUAGGGAUGCUUCGGGUCAUGUAUUGGAAGUAAUUUCUUGCUGUAAUCCCGGUAUCGUAACUCCAGAAUUAGCUGAGGCUAUGGGUGUGAGGGAGGCAUUAAGUUGGCUCAAAAAGAAAGGUUGGAAUCAGGUUACCAUUGAAUCCGAUUGUUUUACUGUGAUUCAAGCUCUGCGUAGUCCACUUCCUAUGUUUUCAUAUUUUGGGGGUGUAAUUUCCGAUUGUAAGAUGUUGUUGGAAGGUGUUAGUGAUGUGUCUAUUUUAUUUGUUAAACAAUCUGCUAAUGGUGUUGCUCAUGCUUUUGCUUGA